AUGGAGCUCUCACGAGCCGCAACGAGGGCGCUGCCGCGGCGGCUUGCGGCCCUGGGCAGCACCCGAGUUGCACCUCUGGCAGUCUCGCCGAUGGCCAUCUGGUGUCGACGACAAUUCUCUCUAGGCACAGGCAACCAGCUGCCAGGUCCAGGCUCGAGUCUUGGUGGAAGCGGUGGUGGCAUGCCGCAAGCAUAUUUCCAACGGUCAUCGAGAUUACCUACGAAUACAAUUAUCAAAUUUGUGCCACAGCAGACUGCGUGGAUCGUGGAGCGGAUGGGCAAGUUCAGUCGGAUCCUGUCGCCCGGUCUUGCUAUUCUGAUGCCAGUCAUUGAGAGAAUCGCUUACGUCCAAAGCUUGAAAGAAUCAGCGAUCGAGAUACCAAGCCAGAGCGCCAUCACGGCGGACAACGUCACACUUGAGCUAGACGGCGUACUAUACACCAGAGUCGUCGACCCAUAUAAAGCGAGCUACGGCGUCGAAGACGCAGAAUACGCGAUCGGCCAACUCGCGCAAACCACGAUGCGCUCCGAAAUCGGCCAGCUCACCCUCGACCACGUCCUGAAAGAGCGCGCCAACCUCAACUCCAACAUCACACAAGCCAUCAACGAAGCCGCAUCCUCAUGGGGCGUCGUCUGCCUGCGCUACGAGAUCCGAGAUAUUCACGCCCCAGACGGCGUGGUUGCAGCGAUGCACCGACAAGUCACAGCAGAACGAUCGAAGCGGGCUGAGAUCCUGGAGUCGGAGGGACAGCGGCAGAGCGCGAUCAAUAUUGCGGAGGGACGGAAGCAGAGUGUGAUUCUGGCUUCGGAGGCGUUGAAGGCGGAGCAGAUCAAUCAGGCUUCAGGUGAAUCGGAGGCGAUUUUGCUGAAGGCGAAUGCUACGGCGAAGGGUAUUGAUGCGGUGGCGAGGUCGAUUCGGGAGGGCGAGCAGAGUGCGCAGGGUGCGCUCAGCCUGAGCGUCGCGGAAAAGUACGUGGAUGCGUUCGGCAAGCUUGCAAAGGAAGGCACGGCGGUGGUGGUACCGGGCAAUGUGGGGGAUAUGGGUGGGAUGAUUGCGAGUGAGAAGAAGAGCUUCGAGGUCUAUUCAUGCGACAUCUCACCAGAUGGCGAGAGGCUCGUUACAUCUGCCGCAGACGGCUACGUGCGAGUAUGGGCGACGAAAGCGAUCUACAAGUCCGAAGACGCCUCCUACACCGGCCCGAAGCAGCUAGCGUCGAUGAGCUACCACUCCGGCACCAUCCACACCGUCCGCUUCUCGCCCGGCGGCAAGUUUCUAGCCUCCGGCGCCGACGACAAGUACGUCUGCAUUUACACGUUAGACCCAAAUCCGCCGAAACACUCGACCUUUGGCUCCAACGAGACGCCGCCUGUCGAGCACUGGCCUGUCUUCCGAAGACUGAUCGGCCACGACAACGACGUGCAGGAUUUGGGCUGGUCGCAUGAUGGGACAGUUCUGGUUUCGGUGGGAUUGGACUCGAAGAUCGCGGUAUGGUCGGGCUAUACAUUCGAGAAGCUGAAGACGAUAUCGAACCAUACCAGUCAUGUCAAGGGGAUUACGUUUGAUCCCGCGAACAAGUACUUCGCUACGGCCAGCGAUGAUCGGACGAUCAAGAUCUUCAGGUUCACAUGCCCAACGCAGAACUACAGCUCGCAUGAUGCGGUAAACAAUUUCAUACUGGAGACCACUAUUACGCAGCCGUUCGUCAACUCGCCGCUUACCACGUACUUCCGGAGAUGUUCCUGGUCGCCGGAUGGGGUCCAUAUUGCGGCAGCCAACGCUGUCAAUGGACCAGCGCCGGCGAUUGCUAUCAUUGUGCGAGGGACAUGGGAUGGGGAUACGACACUGAUCGGUCACGAAGCAGCAGUCGAAGUCUGCGCGUUCGCACCACGACUCUACAGCGCCCACCCCGAUCCACAACCAGACAUCAAUGGCCACAUGCCCCCCAACACCACUGUGAUUGCUUGUGGUGGCGCCGAUAAGACACUCAGCAUAUGGACUACACAGAGUCCACGGCCGAUUAGCAUCAUACGAGAGCUGUCGGAAAAGCCAAUCUCAGACCUACGCUGGGCUCCUGACGGCAUGACACUGUUCAUCACAGCUCUCGAUGGCUCUGUACUAUGUGUUGUGCUCGAGGAAGGUGAAAUUGGCUACCCGCAGCCGGUCGAGGAGAAUGACAAGUCACUCACCAAAUUCGGCACGUCAAGGAAAGGUCAGGGCUUCCCCGAAACGACAGACGCGCUGCUGCUCGAAGAGAUGAGCCGUGCUGGUGAGCAGAAAGGUGUAGAGAGCCGGAUGGGAGCACUGAUGGGAGACGCACAACCCGCAGCGCAGACGAACGGAGAGAAGAAGACGUCCGAUGGCGCUGCCGGCGACACGAUGAAUGGCACUGCUGCACCUACGAAUGGCACGAAUGGUGUGUCCACGCCACCAGUACAGGACCAGAGUCAGGCGAAACUCGAGCGGCUCAAAAAUCGGGUCGAGAUUGUGAAUGGCAAGAAGAGGAUAAAGCCACUUCUUGUCUCGAGCGCUGGCGGUGGGGAGUCCUCCUUGCCACAGACGAAGCUUAUGAGCGCCGCUGCAGCGGUACAAGCUAUGGAUGCACCCUCUACGGUGCUCGAUUUGUCGAAACCCUUUGACGGCCUCCCCAAAGGUGGACUGGCAGCGCUUCUACUUGGGAAUAAGCGAAAAUACGCGCAGAUUGACGGCGAGGAGGAAGGAACGACCGAGAAGCGAGUCGCUGCAGCAAGUCACAGUGACCGUACUCCCAUACUACAGAGCACUCCCGAUGGUCUCGUUCCCGCAGCGCCACAACCCGCCGUUAACGGCCCACUCCCAACUCCAGAGUUCAUCCGGCCAGCAGUCGUGAACCCAGUAAUGUCCGUUAGUCAAUUGCGCCUAGCGGUACCUCGGAUACGGAAUAUGAUCAUUCUGGGCAUAGACGGAGAUGGAAAGCCUGCUGACACAACCGGUACCAACAAUGCGAACGAAUCCACAAAGGCCGCCCGAGCGGAGUACAUCCUCGAGAUUCGAAACCCAUCCACGCAGUCACUCACUCAACGCGCCCAAGACCGGGAGCCCGCCCGGAUAUCGCUCAGCAAGAACGGCUCUCCGCAAUGGCAGGACUUCCUUCCCAGAACGAUCCUACUCGCCACCGGCAACAAAUCCUUCUGGGCCGCAGCAGACGAGAACGCGUCGGUCUAUGUCUGGACACCCGCUGGUCGAAGACUGAACAGCGCACUAGUAGUGGAGUCACAACCUGUGCGAUUGGAGAGCUACGGAUCGUGGCUGCUGUGUGUAACCAGCGUAGGGAUGUGCUAUGUCUGGAAUGUCAGCACGAUGGCGGCGCCGCACCCGCCGGUGAGUCUGGCGCCGGUCUUGGACGCAGCCGUUCAGUCGCUGGCGGCGCAUCCGACGGGCGCACCUGCUAUCCACCACGUACGCCUCAACUCAGAGGGCCGCAUCAUCGUCAGCUUGUCCAAUGGCGACGGCUACGCGUACAGUCCACAGAUGUACUGCUGGCAACGCCUGAGCGAGGUCUGGUGGGCUGUGGGCAGUCAAUACUGGAACACCACUGACGCGUCAGUCUCAAAUCUGCAAGCAAAGCAGUCGUCAGAGGGCGCCCCAAAAAUGGAUGUUUCCGCGGGAAUAUUGCCUUGGCUGGAGCGGAAUACAACUACGGAAACCUUGCUUAGGGGUAGGGCGUUCUUCCUACAGCGGCUCAUCAAAGUCCUCCUCAGCAGAGAGGGCUACGAAUCAUUCGAAUCAGGGGUUUCGCUCGCUCACUUGGAAAACCGUCUAGCGGCCGCCCUGAUGCUGGGUUCCAAAGAAGAGUUCAGGGUAUAUCUAAUCAUGUACGCGAAGCGCCUAGGGAUGGAAGGCCUGAAGGGCAAAGUGGAAGAACUCCUACGGACGCUAGUAGGUGGUAUAGUCGAGGCGGAUCCCGACGAGGAGGCCUCUGGAGCUGCAAACAUUGCAGCAAACGUGGUCGAGGGACGGAAUUGGAGGGAAGAGAACGCGCUUAUCUGCGGGUGGAAGCGGGAGGAGCUGUUGGGAGAUGUGGUGCUUGUGCUGGGGAAACAUCGCGAAAUGCAGCGAUCUACCGUCCCAUAUGCGCGCAUGUUGGGCCUUGUGGGCGUUAGCAAUGGCACUGGAGCUGGAAACGGAAACGGGAGCGGAGGCGAAAAUCAAGCAGAUGUCGAGAUGUAG